CAGAUAACAUUGGUAAGAGCGAGAAGUAUGUAGGCGAAUGAGAUAGUAAAAGUUUCAAAUCUUUGAAGACUUUCAAGACCUUCAAGAUAAUUAAGAUUUUCAAUUUUAAUUUUAGUAUUUUCAAAACUAUCACGAUUUUCAAUAAAUUUUAGAUUUCAAUGAAUUUUAGAUCAAAACUUUCAAUGAUGAUUGAGAUUUCUAAGAUUUUCGAGUUUUGGAAUUUUUAAACUUGCGAAUAAGGUUCGAAGCAAUUCAAAUUUAUUUCAUGACACAUAAUAUUUAUUCAAAUCAAUUUAAAUCAUUCUAAAUUAUAUUAUUAAUUAUAAUAAAUCAAAAUAUAAUGAUAUUUUGACUAUAUGACGAAUAUAUUGAGAAAUAAUACAAAUUAAGUAUGUAUAAUAUAAACGAGAAACUAUAGGAGUUAGUUAAAUAAACACAAGUGUGAGGGUCAAAGUUAUAAAAAAAUUAGACGUAAACGAUCACGGAAGCCGAGAGAAUUAUUCGUAUAUUAUUUGUACGUUAUACGGCCUUAGAGUGUCAGAGAGUUCAGACGUUCGUAUUCAAAACAAGAAACUUAAGCUGAAAACGGAUCUAAUAAAAUAAUAGAUUUGAGGUUAUGCAGUAACCAGAUAAGGAAUGAGAAAAAAUAAUGAAUACCGAUGAAAACUGGCAAAAUUACACUGAAAAAAAGUAUAUAAGAUUUAAAUCUACAAAACAAUCUGAUGGUCAUGGUAAUAAAAUUCAAAAUGUGAAAAAUCAAUUAAAUGUCGGAAAAUAUCGUCAAAAGAAACAAGGUGUUUCUCUUGCACAAUUCUUACAAACAGAAUUAACAAGAGGUUAUCAAUUAGAAAAUGAUGAAGAAAGGUUUUCUGCAAGAAGAGAGAAAAUUUAUUCUUUUAUGAAAAUUCCAAGAGAAGUUGAAAAAUUUAUGGCCUAUGGAUUUUUACAAUGUGCAGAUUCUUUUUUAUUUGUUUAUACAUUUCUUCCAUUAAGAUUUAUGAUGGCAUUGUGGACAAUAAUUACGAGACCUUUAUUACACUGCUUUGGAAAGGAAAGGAGUAAUUUAAAAGUUGGAGAACGGCAUCUAAAACCAGCAGAGAUUUGCGAUCUUUUAAAGGGAAUUGUGGUGAUCAGCUGUUGGGCAGCUACAUGGAAGGUUGACACCUCUAUGAUGUACCAUUUGGUGAAAAGUCAAUCAGUAAUAAAAUUGUAUAUAUUUUAUAAUAUGCUGGAAGUUGGUGAUAGAUUGUUUAGCGCUUUUGGCCAAGAUACGAUAGAUGCUCUUCUAUGGACAGCUACGGAGCCUAGAUCAAAAACGCAAACACAAACAUCUCAACAUUUGGGCACUCUACCUCAUCUAUUGUUUGCUGUUGCUUAUGUUUUAUUACAUAGUAUAUUGGUGCUUUUCCAAGCAACGACUUUGAAUGUUGCCAUUAAUAGCAGCAACAAGGCGCUACUUACUAUAAUGAUGUCUAAUAAUUUCGUAGAAUUAAAAGGUUCCGUUUUUAAGAAAUUUGACAAGAAGAAUCUAUUUCAAUUAUCUUGUGCAGACGUGAGAGAACGUUUUCAUUUGAUGAUGCUUCUUCUUGCUGUGAAUUUACAAACAAUGAAAGAAUACGCAUGGAAAGCGGAACGACUUGCAGUGCUAUUGCCAGAUUGUAUAAUGUUGCUCUUGGCGGAAGUCCUCGUAGAUUGGGUGAAGCACGCCUUUAUAACUCGUUUCAACGAACUACGUUCAACAGUAUACAGGGAUUAUACAAUAAGUUUAGCGUAUGAUAUGGCUCAAACUCGUGAUGAGACCGCUUUUUCUGAUGCUUCGGACCUUGUAGCCCGCAGGAUGGGUUUCAUUCCUCUUCCGCUAGGUGUCGCAAUGGGAAGAGUACUUUGUACGACUAUCACGCCGUCUGCCAAACCGGCUAACAUAAUUUUGUUGCUUCUGGCAUAUUUAAUAUUAGUGGCAUUCAAGAUUUUAAAUAGUUUGAUAAUUCUUGGUAAGGCAUGUGAUUUCAUUUCAUCACAUUCCACGGAACCUGAUACUGAAGUGACUUCUUUGAAACAUUCUUCAACAAGUACCGAUAUAAAAAAUCCAAAUUUAGCUACAGCAAUUUUUUCCAAUAGUGCAAUUAGUUUAAAUAAUGUUUGUCUCAACGAAGCUGUCUUGAAGGAGGAAAUAGGUAAUGAAAAACUUAAUACAGAGGACAGUCAAUAAACAAUAUCUUUUUCCUUUUUUGUUUCUUUUAUGUAUAUAUUAAGUAUAGAUAGAUAAAAGGCACUCAAAACAAGGAAUUUGAAUUUAAUUAUACACGAAAGUCAAUAUUGAUUCAAACCCAUAAGACAAGUGAUUGAUUAUUUCUUUUACUUUUCUUUCAUCCCGAGUGUCUUCUUUCUAUCUCUGCAGAGUGUCCCAGGAAAGUACGAGAUUUAAUUUCAUAUAACAGAGAAAAAACCUAAGGAAUUUAAAUCCAAUGAUCCAGAUGGCCAUAAUAGAUACCUUUACUUUAUCCAUUUUUAUUACAAAAUGGGUUUUUAAAAAAAUUAUGACAAUUAUAAUAUCAUAAUACUUCAUCAUGUUGGAAUUAUUCUUCUUAAUGUAUGCAAGGUAAGUUAUUUGCAAAAUAUUUUUAUAAUUUUUUGUUGUAUAUUGUCUAAUGUAUUAUAUGUAAUCAAAUAUGAUUAAAAA